AUGGCACCUUGGUCGGUUCUUGAAACGCCUAUGGCAAAGAUUCAUCAACACCUUUGCGCAUUCCAUGUGGUGGCCGAUGAGCAUGGAAGACAGAUCGAAUCACACCAUUACUGCACCUGUGUCUCUCCCGAUUUCCAUCAAUGUAUCAUCUACGAUUCUGACAAGCCUAACGCACGUUUGAUUGGCAUAGAAUACUUGAUUUCUGAAGACAAAUUCAACAACUUACCCGUCGAAGAAAAGAAAUACUGGCAUAGCCACAAGUAUGAGGUCGAGAGUGGUGUAUUGAUUCAAAUGCAUGCCAGCGGUAUCGAAGGUCAAGUGCCGGAGAACAAAGAGCGCGAGAUGAUGUCGGCAAUCCAUAAGACCUUUGGGAAAGUUAUACAUACCUGGAACAUUGACCAACAUCCAGACUUGCCCCUCGGGCCGCCGAGCUUGAUGAUGUCUUAUACCAAGCCAGAGAUGGUGAAUUGGGAACAAGUCAAGGAAAGAGACAGGGAGCAGGACGUGAAUACUCAAGAACGCAGUAAAAUUAGGUCGACGUAUUUGGACUUGGAUUACCCCAAGAAUAAGGAAGCCGAUCAAUGGAUGCGGAGUGGAAAACCGAUUCAAUUCAAACCGGUCGAAUCCAGUCUGACUCAAACCAGCAAUGGUAAACAAGCUUCUAAUGGCAAUCGCAAUGGUAGCUAA